AUCGAUAAAGGAUCGUAACUUUGGUUAACUUCACGUUGGAGUUUCUUUUGGCCAUUACUGCGUUGCUGGCUUAGAACAAACAUGCAGUUACAUAUCAGAGGGGAGAGUACGACUGUUGUCGAUUCUCAUGAGAAUGCAACUAUCGCAGAGCUGAAGAGAUCAAUAGUGCAGUUGGAGGGUGCUGCAAAUAUAGAAUUCAAUCUAUAUUGUUCUGGUCGUUUGUUAGAAAAUGAAACAUUAGUUGGAGAACUUGCCUCAAAUACUUUAGAAUUAACAGUUCCACUUCCUGGUGGUAAAGUGCACGGAUCUCUAGCUCGUGCUGGAAAGGUGAAAGCACAAACUCCAAAGGCAGAUAAACAAGAAAAGAGUAAAAAGAAAACUGGCCGAGCUAAGAGACGAAUUCAGUACAAUCGAAGAUUUGUGAACGUCGUACAAACUUUUGGCCGUCGACGUGGACCAAAUGCUAAUCCUAAUUCAUAAUUGUAUAUACAUAUACACAUUUGAUUGCAAAUAAAAUAAAAAAAGAAUGAAAAGCUAAAUAUAACAAA